AUGGCAAACAAAUCACGACCCAAGAAAAUCAAGGCUCCUUACAGGAAGUACGUGGCGGGAGAGGGUUUCUCCUCUACAAGAAAUGAUAAUAAAGCUAGAGAAUUCACCAUCACUGUGCCGGAUGAUGCAGAACUAAUUGAGACUCCGCAAGGAUCUUAUUAUUAUGAUAAAAUCAAUGAAACUAUAGUGAAGCUGACACGACUGAGUAAUGAUAAAAAGGAGAAAAAAGGGCAUAAGCAGUCGUUGUUGUCGUCAUCAGCACCGAACUUCCAGGAAGAUAAGGAUGGCAAAGUCAUAGAGAAUGAGGAAACGAGCAUACAUUCACUAUCGUUAAGGAUGGUUUUGCCAUGGGAAGUUCAGCAUAGAAUAAUUCAUUAUCUUAGUAUACCAGAGGAUGAAGAAAAAGCAAAUAAAACUACUAAUGGAAGAAAAGCAACUACUGGUAUAAACAUGAACUACUUACUAGUUUGUAGAAACUGGUAUUUUAUGUGUCUACCAAAGCUUUAUUUUGCACCAGCGUUAACAAGCAAGAACUUCAACGGGUUCGUUGAUACAAUAAUUAUAAAUAAAAAGAAGAAUUUAGGACACUACGUUUUUGAGUUGAACUUAUCUACAAUUUUACAAAGUGGCAGAAAUUCAUUUGUUUCCAAGCUUUUGCGACGAUGCUGCUCUAAUCUAACUAAAUUCAUCGCCCCACAGACAAGCUUUGGUUACGCGCCCUUGAUUUCAUUGAAAUCGUGUCAUGAUUUGAAAUUCUUAGACCUGGGUUUGGUGUCAGAAACGGUUAAGCUGAAGGAGCUGUUUUCUGCCAUCAAAAAUUUUACUAAAUUAACACAUUUAUCUUUUCCUAGAUCAUCUAUUGAUUGCCAAGGGUUCCAAGAUAUUGAAUGGCCACAAAAUCUUAGAUACUUAAAAUUGAGUGGAGGUAUAACAAAUGAAUUUGUGAUUGAUACAAAAUGGCCAAAAACUAUCACAACUUUAGAAUUUUCUUAUUGUCCUCAAAUAACAGAGUUGUCUAUUUAUUCGUUGUUAUCGCAGAUCGGUGAUAAUUUGAAGCAUUUAUUUUUUCAUUAUCCGAUGCCAUCUUUGACAGAAAAUUCCCUAGACCACGUCUUUACGUAUUGUGCCAAUUUAAUUUCUUUGCAACUCAUGGUAGAUUACUGUUCCAAAUGGUGCUUUUCUGAAUUCAUGCUGAGUAAAUUGGUGGAAUAUGAUAGGCCUCUUAAAACAUUAUACUUAGAAUGCAGUGGAUCCUUAGGAUUAGCUUCUAAGAUUCAUCCCGAUGAUUUGACUAUAGCCAUAUUAGAAUCUAGGCUGCCCUGCUUAAAGAACAUUUGUGUUUCUCCCAAGCUAGGGUGGAAUAUGAAGAGCGAUGAGGUUGCCGAUUUGGUGGUCUCUUUGGAAGAUCAAGAUGGUAGUUUAUAUCUUAAUUAUUAG